AUGGAGGGGCUCCGGCACCGUCUAUCAUGUCUGAUCCCGACGUUUCUCAAAUGCAUCAAUUACACCCAACCUGCGAAAUCGAGUAAAGACGCCCUCCGAGAGGCCAUUAUCUCAAGAGGUCGUGAGGCAGGCGUGCAUGUCAAUUCGGACGAUGGUUCGAGAAUGAGAUUCGAGGCCGGCCUGGCUGUAGCUGCGGAGAUGUAUCCCCUUCAUCCUUUCGAUAUCCAGGUUCACAUUGGCCUUUUCACCUGGCUUGGGUUCAUCAUUGAUGACCUCAACGCCGAGCUGGGCCCAAACUUGGCAAACUUUCAGUCACGAUUCUCACGGGGGGAUCUACAACCCUGCAGCGUCCUAGAGUGCUUUGCCGACGUCCUGAGGUCCACGACCGACUACUAUGAUCCCGUUGUCGCUAAUCUGAUCGUGCUCUCCGCGCUGGCUUUUGUCAACUCCAACGCCAUCGAGAUUCGCCGAGACUACCAGGCCAUUGUCCCGUCGAUGGAGGCUCCCAGCUGGCCGUACUAUUUCCGGGACAAAGAGGGUCUGCCUGAAGUUUACACGUACUUCUGCUUCUACAGAGACAUGUGUCCUGACAUAUCGCGCUUCAUGCCGGCGGCGCCAGAGAUGGGGAAGUUCAUCAACUUAACAAACGACAUUUUGUCGUAA